ACCUUUGAUACGGUGAAGUAAAAUUGGUGCGUACGUGAAUUUAUCCGUGAUUUACUGAAAUUUAGCUUUUAUUCAGUUGUAAAUCGCUGUCGACUGGAAGGACACAUCUUAAUAGCAAUUAGAUACGACAGAUACCGUGGUUCCCUGUGAGAAACCGAACGAACAAACCGCAGAACAAUGGAUACCAUCAUUGGCGAAGAAGGCAUCAAUGAGACGCUGCUUACAUACGGCCACAGCGCUACCGUAGGCUCGACCCGGCUUAGUUACGAAAACAACAAUUCGUUCGAGAUUAAUCGUAAAAAGAGACGAAUUUCUGGGACUGCCAACGACACUAUGGCAAGCGACGGUAAUGUCAGCACUCAGUCGUUUUCCUCGGCCACGGGUUCGCAGACGACACAGAUCGCCCAAAGUCCAUGGGAAACGCGUCGGAUGAAGGCGGACCUGAUCGAGGCACGCGCGCGAAUUGUGGUGCUGAAGAAGGAAAUAGAACAUCUCAAUACAGAGAUGGCUACCACGCAGCUGCGUAAUCAGCACAAAAUAUCAUCCCUAGAGCUGGAGCUGUCGCAUGCCACGGCGAAGGUGUCCGACCUGGAGAAACAUCUGGCAACCGUGCGGAAGCGGGAGCACAAGGCCAAGGAGGACCUUGUGAAAUCGCGCAAUCAGUUCAAUCUGUUGAAGCAAACGACCGAUGAUCAGCAGUUCGAACUGCAGCAAGCGAUCCGUAGUAUGGAGGACCAAAAUGCCAGUGAUAUGAGCCGGCUGAACAGCGAUAUACGAGAUCUCACGACGCAAGUGAAAGAGCUGGAGGAACAGCUGGAACUCGCGCAGGAUGAGUUGGACACGACGCGCGAAAUUAACGACACGCUCCAAUCGAAAGCCGACGCAUACGACGAAACCAAGCGGCAGCUUGAUGAAACGACGGAGCGGCUCGCGGCGUCGGAAUCGCGCGUGAAAGCGCUCGAGUUUGAGGUCGGCAGCUACGAGGACUGGAAAAACCUUUCGAAGGUGACGACGAGCCGGUUGGCGAACGUGGCAAAGAUGGAGCGGGAAAACCAGCGCCUCAAGGAAGACCUGAAGAAGUUCCACGACCUGAUCGGCAACAAGUUGCUGCUGGAGGAGCAGGUGAACAACAUGAAAUCGCGUCUGCAGUACUUCGAGAAGAAGGAAGUGCAAACGGCAACGAUCGAGGUACGUCUGCGCGAGCUCGAGCAGGAGCUUGUCGAAUGGCAGCGGCUCGGCAAGGACUACUGCCAGCAGGCAGCCACAUCCAUGGAACCCGUCCAUCCGGGGUCGUUGCGCAAGUUCAUCGUUGAGAUACUGCAAAAGGACGUGGUACUGACCAGCGAGCAGUCUUCGGUGCUCAAGGAGAAGAACCAGGUGCAGGGUAGAAUCCAUGAGCUUCAGACCCAAAACGAGAUCCUCGAGAAGAAUCUGAACGAACAUAAGCGUUCCCUAAAAUAUCACCAGAGCGUGAUGCACCGGGUGCAGAAAAAGCUGCAGUUGGUCAUCGGGGAGCGCGACUUUCUCAAGCAGCUGCUAGAGAGCUACGAGAAGGAUCUUACAAUCAAUCAAUCCGUCGUUGCCAACCAGGAUGGAUCGAUGCGUUCGAGGAUGGAAAUGCUUGAGAAGACACUGGCUGGGUACCAGGAACUGUGCCAGAAGUUGGAAGCAGAGAUUCAAUCCAGUAAAGGACUACCGGAUUUAGCGUUAGGAUCGGCGUUGACGAGCGAACAGUACGAAAGGUUGCGGAAGGAAAUUGACGACAUGCGGAUGCACAACGAGCGACUACAGCGGCGCAAGGAUGAGCUCGAGCUGGAGCUGGAAAACCAGCUACUUCGCGCCGCUACCAUGUCCGAGCAGGGCGUCAAGCCUAAGCCUUUGAUGCAUUUGAAGGACAGUCCGGCAGUGGAAGCGUUCGAGAAUCAAAAUGCUCUCGUUGGGCAGUUGAACGCGGAAAUCAAACAGCUGCGGGAUCGCAUUCGCAAGCUGCAGGAUCAAAACGGAGAGCUGACGGAAUGUUUGAGCAACACCUCGAAUGUGACCGUCAUGCAGGAGCUGAACGCGUGCCGAGAGGAGCUAAACACCUGCCAGGCGAAGCUGCAAAUGAUGGAGACGAAGUACCAGAACAGCAAGGAUAUUGCGCAGGAGUUCCGCGAGGUAUGCUACAUGCUGUUCGGAUACCAAGUCGAUCGGGACAGUGGGAAAAACUACACCCUGUCGAGCAUGUACGCCGAGAGCCGGACGGAUAAUUUGAAAUUCCAGCUGAACGAGAACGGCUCCAUGCUGAUUAUGCUUGAGACCGAGUACGGCGUGACGUUGGACGAGCUGGUCCAGACGCAUCUGAAGGUGCACGGUUCGUUUCCCGCCUUCCUUAGCUCACUGACGUUGGAGCUAUUCAGUAAGUCAACGGUUGUGUGUAACCCAUAGUUUCGCCACAAGAAAACCACAGGUUAAGUUUUUUUUUAUUACGAUGUAAAAAAAAGUAGAGAUAAAAAGGAAAGGGUAAAGAGCCCUUAUUCCAUCAAAAGGGAAGAGUUUUCUUUUGGUUGACUAGAAGGAGAGGCAAAGAAAACUGUUAAGAUAAAGUGCGCUCUUGACACGAAAAGCUGUAUAAAUGAAUAAUGAAUGGAAUGCACGAAGAAAAAUUAAACAACUGAUAUGAUA